AUGUCGACGGAGGAAGAGCCCAAGGUCGUCGAGUCAGGAGACGCCGCCGCCGAAGCGACGGAGAAGAAAACGCCGGCGAAGGGGAAGAAGACGAAGGAAGCUAAACCGAAGAAGAAGGCUGCUGCUCCGAGGAAGAGAACCACUUCAUCUCAUCCUCCUUACGAAGAGAUGAUAAAAGAUGCGAUCGUGACGUUGAAGGAGAGAACCGGAUCUAGCCAAUACGCGAUUCAGAAGUUCAUAGAGGAGAAACAGAAGUCGUCGCUUCCUCCUACUUUCAGGAAGCUUCUUCUCGUUAAUCUCAAGAGACUCGUCGCUUCCGGGAAGCUCGUUAAAGUCAAAGCCUCUUUCAAGAUUCCUUCUGGUUCCGCUAGUAAACCGGUUUCUGCUCCUGCUAAGAAGAAGAUAACGAAACCGGUUGUUAAGAAGAAACCGGUUACUGCUUCCGCUACUAAAACUAAACCGAAGAGUAAAGCUGCUUCUCCUAAGGCCAAACCAGCUAAGAAACCUGCUGCUGCGAAGCCUAAGGCUAAGGCGAAGGCAACGAGUACUAAAGCUGUUGCUGCGAAGACGAAGACGAAGAGUGUAGCUGCGGUUUCGAAGACGAAGGCUGUUGCGGCGAAGCCUAAGGCGAAGGAGAGGCCUGCGAAAGCUUCGAGGACUUCGAGUAGGACGUCUCCAGGGAAGAAGAAGGCGGCUGCUCCUGCUAAGAAAGCUGCGCCUGCUAAGAAGGCAGCGCCGGUUAAGAAAGCAGCUGCUGUAACUAAGAAGGCUGCUGCGGCGAAGGGUGUGAAGGUGAAGUCUCCGGCGAAGAGGGCUUCGACGAGGAAGAAGUGAGGGAGAUUUGAGGGUUUAGGAUUUGAAUUACAUGAUGGGUAGCUUCUUCUCUUAGGGUUUUAAGGCUUUUGUAUAAUUGAAUCGUCUUUGAAGGGGGGCUUGUUCUUUUUUUCUUUUUUUCUUUUUUUUUUUAAAAACCAAAGUUUAUGUUUUUUUUUUCCUUUGUCUGGUUUCGUCUCGAGACCC